AUGUCUUCAUUGGUCGCAAUAACACUGUCAACUAAUUUGUAUGAAAUUUCAAACUACUGUUUUUGCAAUUGUAUAAAACUAAAAGAAAUUAAUUUGAAACACGUUAGAGUGUUUGGGGAGUAUUGUUUUUGUGGGUGUGACAGUUUAAGUGCAAUAACUUUGGGUACAAACAUCACAAAAAGUGCAAAAACACCAUUUAAAAAUGUAACAUCAAUUCAAAAUGUUACAGCACCCGGAGUAAAAAGUGUUGAUUUUGAUAUUACGGCAUCCUCCUCAAAUGCAUUUUGUAAUAUCAAACAUAAAACAGUCACCACACGUUACGACAAAAACAACAAUAUUUUGCCAGAUUUUUUAUCGGACGAAAUUGAAACUCUAGUGUUCAAAAACAGAAGAGGACUUUCCGAUAUAAAUCUUGCAAGCACUGUGACUGUUAUUGAAGAAAAUGCCUUUAGUGGUUGUGAUAUGAAACGACUUGAUUUGUCGCAUGUGAUGUUUUUUGGAAGUCAAUAUGACAUGACUUUUCUCACUGCAAUAACAUUAAAUAAUAAUAUUCAAAUUAAUAAUUUAUAUGAUUAUACUGGACUGAAAAAAAUCGAUGCGAUCAACACUCAAAAUAUUGACGCGAGAGCUGCGUGUUGGAUGAAAGAAAUGUUCGACGAGAAAAAUCUGGAAAUUGUCAAAUUUUGUUACACUCAAAAAGAUGUUGAAUUGUUCAAUGGAAUUAUUCCUUCAAAUUUUUAUAAACUUAAAAUAAUUUGCCACAACGUGAAUUUCGAAAAUUAUAAUUUUAAUGAAAUUAAAAUUCCGGAGGGAAUCACAAUGAUGAACAUCAAUGCUUUUCAAAAUAAUAAAAAUUUAACAAAACUUGUUUUUCCAACUUGUUUUAAAGUGUUGAAAAACACGUGUUUUGUUCAUUCAAGUCUCAAAGAACUUUGUAUCGCGCCUGUCAAAAAAUUUAAAAUAUCAAAUUGUUACGAACUUACGUCAGUCACUUUUUUAAACCAAAAAGUCACUAAAACUUUUAUGGUUGAAAAUUGUUUUAAUGUCAAAAACAUAGAAUUUCCAAAUAUGCCAUUUGAUUUUGUUUUUAAUGAAAAAAUUGAUUUUACUAUUUACAAGUUACUUAAAAACAAAUAUAAAUUUGAAGGCGAUGUUGUGUUAUUUUCUAUUGAUCCAAAUUGGAUCGAUUCAAAAGGAAUUCUGAUUAUACCAGAUGAAGUCAACGUGAUUGAAAAUUUGUAUUUUAAAUCUACAAAUUUGACGGAGAUUUGGAUGGGAAAAAAUCUGAACAAAAUUGAACUUUUCACUUUUUGCGAUUGUAAAAAUUUGAAAAUUGUCAAAAACAUGAGAAGAUCAAUCAAAUUCAGUCAAUAUAGUUUUAAAGGGGGAGAUAAUAAUAUCAUAAUUGAAUAUGUGGAUUGA